GCACCGAUGCCACCUCUCCGAUUUCCGCAGCGGUCUCUAUGGCAUGAAGCAGCGCUUUGCGGAGUACUUGCAGCGUGUGGACGGAAAGCAGUCCCUUGUGGACGAUUUCGUCUUGAGCUUCAACCUCUUCACAGAGGAGUAUCCAGACAUGCGCAAGCAGGAUGCCACGAAGGCAGAGUUCCAUCUGCGAGCGGACGAGCUGCACACUAGGCUGGUGGCAGAGGUGGAAAACCAGCGAACAACAAAUCUAGAGCAGCUCGAGGUGUUACAGACGAGUCGAUGGCUCGAGUCGCAGACGGAAGUCCUGGCCUCCCAGGUCCAGCAUGCUGUCCAGCUGGAGGUCAAGCGAUACCACGCCACCUGCCAACUUCUGAGCGACUUCUACUAUUCCGCCAUGCACAUGGGCCUGCCGGAGGAACACGCGCCGCCGCCAACGGUGGAUGUUUUCAAGGCAGAGGAACCAGAAGAGCCGGUCGAUGACAAGAAGAAGAAG